AUGGCUGCAAACCUUCACGAGUUAGAAGAGAAAUUAUUUGGGAAAAUCCCUCAAACUCCAGUUCCCUCGGUUUUGGAUUCACUGAAUGAUGAAAAAAAGAAGAAAAUUGCCGAGUUUCGAUCCAGAAUAACAAACCAAUGGAAAGAAGAUGAACUUCUUCAUGAACAUGAUAAGAAGGAGAAUGGAAAUUACUUCUUAUCUGACUUGACUCUCUUCAGAUUCUUGUCUGGAUACCAAUGGAAUAUUGAUGAGGUGGAGCCUGUUUUAAAGGGAGCUUGUGAAUGGCGAAAAAAGUUUGAGCCAUGGAAUGUUCAUAUUGACGAUGUGAAAGCAGUUGCACAGCAAGGUGCGAUUUUCCAUGUUGGUUUUGAUAAAGCUGGACAUCCAUUGAUUUAUGUUAAGCUUGGCCUGGAUAAAUUGGAAAAUAACGAAGAAAACAAAUUAUUGAAAUUUAAAUUCUUUGUGUGGCUCUAUGAGUUAGCGAUUAGGAGAAUGCCUGAAAAUAUUUAUCAAACAUCCUGGAUUGUGGAUUUGACAGAUGCAUCAUUAAGCGUACAUCUCAUUAAAUCCAUGAAGGACAUGUUCCUUGAGUUAGGAACUUAUUAUGUUGAAAGAAUGGCUGCAAUUGUUGUUGUGAAUGUUCCAUGGAGUUUAAAGUUCUUAUGGGGAGUUGUGAAAAUGUUUUUGACUCAACAAACGAUUGACAAGUACAACAUUCAAGGUUCAUUGAAAGAAAAAAGAAAUGAAUGCCUUACUUACACAAAAGAUUUCCAACGACGUGCUCAUAUCUGA